AUGGAAAAGGUCUCAAGCUUCAUGGGGCUAUUUGGUGAUCCACAUUUGAAAAGCGCUGCUAGUUUAGCAGAAUUGAACAGUCGAGUUCGUGCCGAAUGUGCUGACCUUGUCAAUCAAAUUGAAGUCGGUAGCAAGGAACGAACCACAGUUCAACUUUUUGAUGACCUAUCAAAUACCAUUUGUAAAGCUGCUGACAUGGUAGAAUGCGUGCGACAACUUCAUAGCGAUCCGGCUUACAACGAAGCUGCUCAACACUGCGCAAGCGAUUAUUGUGAACUUGUAGAAAGUUUGAACACUUACACAAAAUUGUAUCACAAGCUGAAGGACUCGAAGGAAACAGAAGCUGAUCGGCUAGACGACGUAGACAAACAUACCAUCGAUUUAUUUCUCAAUGAGUUCGAACAGUCUGGUGUACACCUUCCAGAAAAAGAGCGAGCGGAGUUCGUUCGAUUAUCUGGUGAGAUUUUCAACGCUAGUACAAAAUUUCAAAUGGGCUGCGACAAAGAAGUUAUCGUAGGCAGAGCUCAGAAACAUCAAUACGGCCUUGAGUCAACGAGAAUCGUAUCCCCUGCAUCGAACUGCGUUGAGCAGGCAAAGAGGCGUUUUAUCCACACAACCUAUUACCGUCAUAAUGACACCCAGGAAGAGAAUCUGCGCAAUCUUGUCCUUCAUCGGGAUGCGCUCGCAAGACUGACUGGUUAUCCGUCAUACGCACACAGAGCGCAAGAGAAUAGCUUAUUGGGCUCCUAUGAAAAUGCCCACGAUUUUCUGUGGGGUGUCAUACAGGCCUGUCGACCAUCAGCAGAGCGAGAAAUAGCAGUACUGUUGGAUGUACAAUCGCAGUGUAAUGGGCUAUCCAGUAGCAUUGGCGAAUGGGACGUACACUAUCUUUCGCAAAUUUACAAGGAACGUGCUUAUGGAAUCGAGCAUUACCACGAAAUACAUAAGUUCCUCAAUCUUGGGAAUUUACUGAGCGGUCUUGCGAAUCUGCUCAAUAAGUUGUAUGGAGUGCGUGUUGAAGAACAACGGGUAGAACGAGGCGAAAAUGUGGGAGGUAAACAUAAAAUUGGUACAGUUGAGAUUUUACUGUACCGGACUGAUAUCUUCAGUGUUGAAGAUCGGUUUCUUGGGACCGUGUAUUUAGACAUUGAUCGUAGGCCUACAAAAGCCGUCGGUGAUUGUCAUUUUACCGUGCGUUGUGCAAAGCAGUUGAAGGACGGCAGCUGGCAAACACCAAUAGUGGUUCUUUCACUGGCUAUCUGUGACCAAAACGAUGUCGAUUGGAGAUCUAUACCGAUUGAUAUGCAUCGCGCAGAAAAUGUUUUCCAUGAAAUGGGUCACGCGAUGCAUAGCAUGCUCGGAAGGACAAGAUAUCAACAUGUGGCAGGUACGCGAUGUCCUCAGGACUUCUCUGAAAUCCCAUCUAUAUUGAUGGAAUACUUCUUCAACGAUUUAACGGUCCUGCAAUCUGUACUCCGCAACCCUGAUGGAGAAUGCGUACGUAUUGAAGAUGCGGCCUCCAUGAUAGCCUCACGUUUUGCUUUUUCAUCCCUAGAAAUUAUGCAGCAGGCCUCAUACGCUUUGUUCGACCUGGAACUACAUGCACCUGAUGCGGCAAGACUCCUGCGUGAAGGUCGCAUCACUACGACGAAUCUUUUCAAUUCUAUUAUCACUAAGGCUUUGCCACACUUGGAUCGGCAAGCAGAUACUGCUUUCCAACAUAGGUUCCAUCAUUUGGUACAGUAUGGUGCGAAGUAUUACUCUUAUAUGGUAGCGAGGUCUGCUGCCAGUUUAAUAUGGAAUUCGAAGUUCAGAGAUUCACCAUUCAGUAGAACAGAAGGAGAGAAGUGGAUGAAGAUGAAUCCAUUCGACGAAAAACGGCGUGCACGAGAAGCUGCAAGAGCUGAAAUAUUCGCUAUUCGUCAUCCUGAAACGGUUUCUCAAAUCAGUGAGUAUCGUGAUCAGCGGUUUCAGUAUUCUUGCUCAAAUAAUUGUAUUGUUUCGUUUCAGCUAUACGAGUUAUUCGGUCGUGCUGGAGAAGUAAAACGGGUAAUAGUUGGUCUCGAUCGGUUCAAAAAAUCUCCAUGUGGUUUUUGUUUUGUGAUCUACUAUACCCGAGCUGAUACGGAAAAUGCAGUGAGAUGCCUGAAUCGCACGAUGUUGGAUGGGAGGCUAAUUCGAGUUGAUUAUGAUGCAGGUUUCGUUGAAGGACGUCAGUAUGGGCGAGGAAAGCAUGGCGGGCAGGUACGAGAUGAGUAUCGCGAACAAUUUGAUCCGGAUAGAGGUGGAUAUGGUAAAAUAUGGGCAGAUAAAGAAAGGAAAUGA